AUGGUGACAAAUGCAGGCUGUAUUGAUAAAGAUCUUCCUUAUUUGCAGGAAAAUGCAAAAAAGUGGAGGUCUGAAGGAAAAGAUGUACAAGUCAAAGUGCUCGAAGAUAGGGGUUUGGUUGCUGUACAAGGUGUCUACCCGAUAGGAAUUGACCAUUCGAAUAUAUUUUUCUACUUUUAUAAUUCAGGACCUGAAAUGUCCAAAGUAUUGCAACCUGAGACGGACGUUGACCUUAGCAAAUUGACAUUCAUGACAACAGCCAUCGGCAAAGUCUUCGGCAUACCAAAUUGUAGAGUUACCCGAUGUGGUUACACAGGGGAAGAUGGUGUCGAGAUUUCCGUACCAGCCAAGGAUGCUGUUACUUUAACGGAGAGACUUCUCCAAUCUAAGGUAGCCAGCGAUGUUAAUUUGUACUCACUUCGAAGUGAAGUAUUACAGAACGGCGUGGUAAAGUUAGCCGGGUUGGGAGCUCGAGAUGCACUGCGAAUGGAAGCUGGUUUAUGUCUUUACGGAAACGAUAUCGAUGAGAACACAACACCAGCAGAAGCCGGACUUGCAUUUGUCGUGGGUUAG